CUUGUCAGUUAAACAUCGGAUGCGUACCUACAAAAGAGUCUGGAAUAUGGAUAAUGUAAUACAAGAUGCAGGAUUUCUCACUCAAACCUUUGUACCCAGCCUGAUUGCUUGUGCGAGAUACUGUACUGAGGAAGGCAGCUGUUCUUCCUUCUUUUUCUCGGACGGUCAAGGUCAAAGUUUAUGUCAACUACACGCUACAAAUGUUUCAGCACUUGAUUCGCAUGCAUCAAGUAAUACAGUUUAUUAUGUAAUGAAUCAACCUGUACCAGAAGUUACAUUUGAAUGCCCUACAAACAAUGGAGGAUGGGCAAAAGCUGGUCUAGCUGAUGGGACAAGAUCUAUGUUCAAACUGUUUGCAAGUACUGAUGUUACUCAAGCCCAUGCUGCUGCCAAUUGUAAUAGUAUGGGGGCGCACUUGCUAAAAAUUGUUACCGUUGAAAAACUGGACUUCGUACGCAAUUAUCUAACACAAUGUGCAGAUGUGAAAGGUCACGACUACUGGGUUGAUGGGAGCAAUGUUGGUGCCUCUGACUACUCUGCCAGUGAUGCAUAUAAGACAGCGGAUGGUGAAGUGGUCCCGUUGAUUCAGAAUGCCUUCUGGUACCAGGGAAGCCCUAGCAACCCAUCCUUGGAAAAUUGUAUCCAAGUAUCGCAGACGAAUUCCUACUAUCUCGACGAUUGCCAAUGUGUGCAGCCUGGAAUAAAACACAUAUGUGAAAAGUCAGCGGCCUAAUUUCUGAAGCUCAUGUCGAGCUUGUCUAUUGUCAGCUUAUACCUACGUUAAACAUUAGCUGUAAUAUAUACAUGCAUUUUAAAGAUUAAAGAAAAACUAAAAAUUUUCAGCAAAUUAAAAGAAGACGAUAGAUGUCGGUCAGUUAUUUAAGGAUUUCUCAAAGCAAUAACACGAAAACAACAUAUUAGCAAUAGAACAUUUUAUUCCGGGUCAACGUUUCAACCUACAAACGAGUUGCACCAAAGGGUAUCAAACAAACCUGCACAUUUCUAUAUAGGAGCGAGGAAAUGGAAAUUCAUCAUACUCGGUUACGCAACGAGUGCAAUUCCCUAAACUAACACUUACACAGGAAAAGUAUUUGUCCCUCACCUCUCUGUCAUAGUAGCCUUAUAGAAAGUAACCAUAAUUUCUUUUUUGAAUGUCCACUUUACACAAAUGUCAGAGCUUUGUUUUUCCAAAAAAUCUCUAACCUAUGUACAAUCACGCUCUAUAAGUUGUUGCAUGGUGAUCCAAAUCUUAGUGAAAACACUAACACUGAAAUAUUUAUCGCUGUUCAAAAUUUCAUAAGGGACAGUAGACGCUUUCCAUGAGACAACAUAUAGGAUCUGCUUCCCGCAUUCGCUAAUCCAAAUCAAAUCUCAUCGUCAUUCCUUUCAUACUUCUUAUGAAAAUGUAUUUGAUCGUUGUUAAAAUCAUAUUUCAAACAUUAUAUAUUUGACCGUCAGAUGUAUAAGUAAUUUCACUUCAAUAGGGAGAAGAGCUAGGCUUUCGGCCGUAUCCCUUUUCAGAUUGAUUGUAUAAUUGUUAAUGUUAAUAUCUCUGUUGUAAUCAUACCAAUUUGUUUGAAAUAAAAUAUGUUUAAACUAAACAAAAAUGUUACUAUUUCAGUAGUAUUUAAUAAGUGGCAGAAAAGGCCGCGUGAUAUCAGGCACAUCGACUG